ACGCGCGGUAGAAACCAUGUCCUCUGAAUCCCCUUCAUUUCUCAAUUUACCAGAAAUGGCUCAAGUUGACUGUUGAACUGACAUAACAUGUUCAGAUAAAUACUUAGGGUUUACAGUUGGAAGCUGGUACAAUGGCGGCAAAAUCAGCUCCGCCCCUUUUCCUUGAAGAUUGGCUGAGGAGUGUGAGCGGCGGUGGCAGCAGCAGGAACACCUCCGCCGCCGUCUCCAGAAACUCAUCCACCUCAUCCGCAAGAGCCAUAAUUCAGGCAUGGGCCGAGCUCCGCGACUGCCUCCAACACCAAUCGUUCCAAUCCCGCCAUCUCCAGUCCCUCAAAACCCUCGCCAACUCCCAGACUUCUCUCCACGUUGCCGACCCCCAAGCCAAGCUUCUGCUCUCCAUUCUCUCCUCUCCCGACCUCUUUCUUCCUCCUCAGUCCUAUCCGCUCUUCCUCCGACUGCUUUAUAUUUGGGUCCGGAAAUCCGCCCGGCCCAAUUCGGGUCUCAUUGAUUCGGCUGUGGAAGUUCUCUCUAUUCUCUUCCUUACCCAGUAUGUAUCAAACAAGAGUCCUGCCCUCUUUUCUGAAGGCGUUCUCCUUCUGGGUGCCUUCUCUUUCGCUCAUUCGGCCUCCGAAAGCUCGAAAAAAGAUUGCUUGGGGCUGCUCUGUAGGCUGUUGGCGGAGGACUACCAGGUACUUGGGUCAUUUGGUGAAUUGAUUCCGGACGUGCUUGCCGGAAUUGGGUAUGCUCUAUCUUCUUCUGUGAAUGUUCAUUUUGUUACUGUUUUGGAUUUCGUGUUGAGUGUUUGGGGUAAGGAAAGUGGACCUCCUGGCAGUGUUUGUCAUGGGUUGAUGAUUCUGCAUUUGAUGGAAUUGGUAAUGUCUGGUUUGAGCAGUUUUCGCUCUGUCGAAAAAGUUGAUACCUUUUCCCGGGAGGUUUUAGAGACCGAUAAAGCAAAUUAUGUUCCGUUUGCUGUUGUCAUGGCUGCAGCUGGAGUACUGAGGGCGUUAAGUAGAUCUAUAGUGAGUGGUCUUGGGAUGGACACUAUUUCCAGAUUAAGACGGUCUGCAGAAGAUCGGAUAGAAUCUGUAGCAAGAGAGUUAGUUUCAAGAACUAUAGAGUUUACCAGCUCAGAUAAUGAUCUCACAGAUAAUCUUCUGUUACAGUCUGUUUCGAUAGCAUUGGCUCGAACUGGUGCGGUCUCUGCUCGUGCCCCUUUGUUUAUAUGCCUUGCUUCUGCAUUGUUGACUGAAAGCUUUCCCUUGAGACGUUUAUACAUGAAGGUACUUAAACCAAUGCAUGACAGUUCAGCUGUACCGAGGAUUAAUGAGGUCAGGGAACACCUGGAAAGUCUUACUUUUAAGGAAGCAGGGGCCAUAACCGGUGUUUUCUGCAAUCUCUAUGUUUCAGUUGAUGAACAGAGCCAACAUAUGGUGGAGAAUCUUCUGUGGGAUUACUGUCAACAGAUAUACAUGGAGCACCGACAGGUGGCUUUGGUUCUUCGUGGUAAAGAGGAUGAAGUACUUGGAGAUUUGGAGAAAAUUGCUGAAUCUGCUUUUCUUAUGGUUGUACUUUUUGCAUUGACCGUCACAAAGCACAAGUUGAAUUCAAAAUUCAGUCAAGAAACUCAAAUGGAUACAUCAGUACGAAUACUUAUUUCGUUUUCUUGUCUCGAGUAUUUCCGCCGCAUUCGUUUGCCAGAAUACAUGGAUACAAUUCGAGGUAUUGUUGUGAGUGUCCAGGAAAGUGAUUCUGCUUGUGUAUCUUUUGUAAGAUCCAUGCCCACUUAUGGUGACUUGACGAACGGCCCAGACUUUUCUUUCCUGCGAAAGAUGGAAUAUGUGUGGACCAAGGAUGAGGUUCAAACUGCUCGCGUUCUGUUUUACCUACGGGUCAUACCAACUUGCAUUGCACGUUUGCCUAGCCCUGUAUUUGGGGAUGUGGUUGCUCCAACUAUGUUCUUAUAUAUGGGUCAUCCUAACGGAAAAGUACCUCGAGCCUCACAUUCUAUGUUUUCUGCAUUCAUAUCUUCGGGGAAGGAUUCUGAUCAGGAUGAAAGAGAGUUAUUAAAGGAGAAGCUUGUUUUCUACUACAUGCAAAGAUCACUAAAGGAAUAUCCCGAAAUUACCCCUUUUGAGGGAAUGGCUUCUGGAGUUGCAGCCUUGGUUCGACAUCUUCCUGCUGGAAGCCCACCCAUAUUUUAUUGUAUACAUUGUCUUGUCGAGAAAGCUAAAAGGCUUUGCAUUGAAGACUUCGCUCACCAGGCUGAUAUGUGGAAGAACUGGCAAGGAGAGUCAGAGCCUGGCAAGAAAAUCCUAGACUUACUUUUACGGCUGAUUUCCCUAGUUGAUAUACAGGUACUACCGGACUUGAUGAAGCAGUUGGCACAGCUAAUAGCCCAACUACCAAAGGAUGGCCAGAAUAUGAUUCUAAAUGAGUUAUAUUCACAGGUUGCAGAAUCUGACGAUGUUACUCGCAAGCCUACUUUAGUUUCUUGGCUGCAAUCAUUGUCUUACCUUUGUUUUCAAGAAACAAGUGGGAGUGCAGCAUCCAGAAAGGUUGUAACUGAAGCAAAAAUCACUUCCAAGCAGACUCCAGACCUAUCACGUGAGACUAGCCUAAAUGCUCGAUUAUGAGAUUGAGGUGCAGUAAGCAAGAUUACUCACCCUCCUUAUGAAUGUUUUUUUUCUUUUUUUCUUUUUGAUUUUGGUAGCUUGACUAUAUUUUGCAUUUGGUUUCACUAUGUCUGAUUAUGGAAUAAUGAAAAAUCUAUCAUAAUUAAUUACUCAUGAAACGCAUGGGUUUUUUAGUUUCUCAAUAAUGCAAAUAAUUAAAUGUACCACUUGGUAUAAUUUAUUAA